AUGGACGCGCUCGACCACAGAACCACAUGGAAUUGUUCAACCAUCGGCAUGCUAUUCUACGCAACCAUGUGGAAAGAUAUGUAUCCAAAGGGGUCUCCAAAGUACAAUCUUAUGAAAGUGACUGGAAAAAAGGCUUCACACGGUGCGAAGAAGUUGACACCCAAAAUUAAAAAGACUACUCCAAAAGUUAAGAAGCCCAGAGCUCAGUGGAACCCGGCUCUUGAAAAGGCUCUGGUAGAUUUACUUGAUGAGCACAAUAAUCCAUAUCAUAGAGGUCAAAAUGGUUUGAUAAAUCAUUUCUCUUACAUACAGUCCUGGCGAGACAUAAGCAAGUUUCAAACAAAGCCAUUUCCUCUGUAUGACAAGCUAGGUGAUCUUUAUGAUGGACAUAUAGCGGAAGGUAAUUACAAUUUUACAUCAAUUGAGGCUACACAAGUGAUUGACGAUGAUCCUGAAGUUGAAAGAGAUGAGACUGGGUUCCCUUUUGAUCUGAAUCAGUGCGAAGAUGAUUUACUCAUGUAUGAUGAUCCAAGAGAUGCGGCUCAAAGUGAUGAUCCAAGUGGAGCUAUUCAAAGUGAUGAUCCAAUAGAUGGUACGCAAAGUGAUGUUACUCGAGCAGGUGCUCCUGGUGGUUCCAAUAAAAAGCUAGUGAAGGAGCCCAAGAAGAAAAAGCGGGAUGAUCCCAUGGUGGAAGUGAUGGCAAACUAUGUGGAGAUCAAACAGAAGCAAGCAGAGGAGGAGUCUGCUUUGUUCGCAGAGUCAAAAAAUGCCCAACAAUUCACCAUCACCAAGUGCAUUGCUAUUUUCCUCAAUGCCGCCGCCGAAGAUGAAGUGAGCGCCGCCGUGUUCCUUCGGAGCGAAAUGGCAGACUUACCUCGGGGUAUCUAA